CCUCUGAAGAGGAUAAGAAGAUAACACGAAAAUCUUCUUACAAAAUUGGAACUCCAUUUCUCUUCUCUUACAACAUACUCAGCAGACCUCACUCACUCACAAUUUCGCGGCCAUGAAACCGCUCCUUUCUUUCCACACUCCUUCAACUAUAACAACAGCACUACUUCCACUUUCUCCCCUCUUCCUCUUCCCUCCCUCUUUUCCCCUCCUUUCUUUCAAAUCCACUCCACUCCGUACACAUUUUCCCCUCAAAUCCCUCUCAAACGACAAGUCGUUUUUCUUCUCCGACGACACUCCCCCUCUACUUUCGCAAAAUCAGCAGCAGCAGCGCCCGAGGACGCUGUACCCUGGCGGUUACAAGCGCCCCGAAAUCAAGGUGCCGAAUGUCGUCCUCCAGUUGGAGCCCGGCGAGGUCCUCGCCGGAGGUAAUGUGUUGGAUUUGAUCAAUGAAGCGGUGGCGAAGUUCGUCGGUAUUGUCGUGCUUAAUGGUGGCGAUGCUAGUGGCAAGAGCGUGUAUGAAGCUGCUUGUUUGUUGAAGUCACUUGUGAAGGACCGCGCGUACUUUUUGAUUUCGGAGCGCGUGGAUAUCGCCGCUGCUGUCAAUGCGAGUGGAGUUGUACUCUCUGAUCAAGGUCUUCCGGCUAUUGUUGCAAGAAACACUAUGUUGGAUUCAAGGUCUGAAUCUGUAGUUCUACCUUUAGUGGGUAGGAAUGUGCAAAGUACGGAUGCUGCCUUAAAUGCGUCUAGUUCUGAAGGUGCUGAUUUUCUUAUAUGUGCUUUAGGAGAGGGGGCAGAUGCUGAUUUGGUUGACAACUCUUUGUUUGCUGAUGUGAAGAUACCUAUUUUUCUCACAAAUGCUUCACGUGGAGAGGCUACAUCAUCGACCAUGGAAAUGUCCAAGUUUCUUAAAUCAGGUGCAAGUGGUUUGGUUGUUUCCUUGGAGGAGUUGAGGUUGUUUACCAAUGAUGUUCUGAGCCAAUUGUUUAAUCCCAUUUAUGCAAUAAAUAAGAAACCUCAGGAUGAGCUUGAAAGCUUCAGUAAACUCAAAUUGUUGGAUGCAAGUAAUAGUUUUCAUGGGAAAGAGAGGGUGGCUGGCUUUGUUAAAUUGGAAGACAGAGAAAAAGAGCUCAUAGAAAGUGAGAGAUCAGUGCUGCUUGAAGCAAUAAAUGUUAUCCAGAAAGCUGCUCCACUGAUGGAGGAGGUUUCUCUUCUCAUUGAUGCGGUUUCUCAACUUGAUGAGCCAUUUUUUCUGGUUAUAGUGGGUGAGUUCAACUCUGGUAAAUCAUCUGUUAUUAAUGCACUUCUGGGGAAAAGGUAUCUCAAGGAAGGGGUUGUUCCCACAACUAAUGAGAUCACUUUCUUACGCUAUUCUGACCUGGAUUCUGAAGAGCAACAACGAUGUGAAAGGCAUCCAGAUGGUCAAUACAUCUGCUACCUUCCUUCUCCAAUUCUUAAAGAAAUGAUUAUUGUUGAUACGCCUGGGACUAAUGUGAUUCUGCAAAGGCAACAACGCCUUACUGAGGAAUUUGUCCCUCGGGCAGAUUUAGUUAUUUUUGUCAUUUCUGCUGAUCGUCCAUUGACUGAAAGUGAGGUGGAUUUUCUUCGUUAUACUCAGCAGUGGAAGAAAAGAUUUGUGUUUGUGUUGAAUAAAUCAGACCUCUAUCAGAAUGCUUUUGAGCUUGAGGAAGCUAUAUCAUUCAUUAAGGAUAAUACACGGAAGUUGCUGAAUGUUGAAAAUGUAAUAGUAUAUCCAGUGUCUGCACGAUCUACCCUUGAAACUAAACUUUCAGCUUCUUCUGCUGUUGGAAAAGACUAUGGAGAAUUAUCUGUCAUGGGGUCUCAUUGGAGCAAUAGCUUUGAUGAACUUGAAAAGUUCUUAUAUAGCUUUUUAGAUGCGUCAACGAGUGCUGGAAUGGAUAGAAUAAAGCUUAAACUUGAAACACCAAUUGCAAUUACAGAACGUUUGCUUUUUGCUUGUGAAACUCGUCUGAGACAAGAUUGCCAAUAUGCUAAGCAGGAUUUGACCUUGGCAAAUGAAAUGAUUGAUAGUGUAAAAGAAUAUACGAAGAAGAUGGAAAUUGAGAGCAUCAAUUGGAGGAAACAAACUUUAUCACUGAUUGAUGCCACAAAAUCACGUAUUGUGGAGCUUGUAGCAACUACUCUGCAAUUGUCAAAUUUUGAUCUUGUUGGCUCAUAUAUUUUUAGAGGGGAGAAAUCUGCCACAAUGCCAGCUACCUCACAGAUUCAAUAUGACAUAGUUGGUCCUGCACUCUUAGAUGCACGAAAAUUACUGGGAGAAUAUAUGAUGUGGUUACAAUCAAACAAUGCUCGUGAAGGGAGACGGUACAAGGAAUCUUUUGAGAAUAGAUGGCCUUCACUUGUAUUUCCAAAAACUCAGCUGCAACUGGAGACCUACGAUUUGGUGACAAAAGUUGACGAAGUCAGCUUGAAAGUUGUAGAGAACUUCAGUGCCAGUGCUACUUCCAAACUGUUUGAGCAAGAAAUACGUGAAGUGUUCUUGGGGACUUUUGGUGGACUCGGAGCAGCUGGUUUAUCUGCGUCGCUUUUAACAUCUGUGUUGCCUACCACUUUAGAAGACCUUCUUGCUCUGGGCCUUUGUUCUGCUGGAGGGUACAUAGCAAUCGCAAAUUUUCCAUCUCGGCGACGAGGAAUGAUAGAAAAGGUUAAUAGAGUUGCAGAUGGAUUGUCGCGUGAAAUCGAAGUGGCAAUGCAGAAAGAUCUCUCGGUAACUGUUGGUUAUCUGGAAAAUUUUGUUAAACAAAUUGGCAGACCAUAUCAAGACGCAGCACAACACAGACUAGACAAACUUCUACAGAUUCAAGAUGAACUAUCAAAUGUCCAGAAAAAGCUUCAAACCCUACGAGUCGAAAUCCAAAAUAUUCAUGUCUCAUGACACUUUCAUUAUUAUUGUCAUUAUUUUCUUGGGCAUUCCUUUUUUUUUUUUUUUCUUUUUCCUGUUGAUUUUUCUCUGGACGACAAGUGUAUCAUAUAUCGAUAUAAAAAAUAAGAAUAUUUCCUUAGAAUGAAA